AGUUCAUACCAUUUCUGGAAGGUUUGUCUGGAGGAAAAGGGAAAACAGGUGUACAAUGUGAGUUGGUCUUUUCAGUUCUGCUUCUAUCCCAUUUGCCAACAGAGUAUCUUAGAGUAUCUGACUACAUAAAUGUUAGGGACAUGUUUACUGGACCUCAUUUCUGGCUCCUCCCUGCAUUUCAAAUGAAUGCAGACAAUUUUGUCCUCAUAAAAGUUCAUUUAUUUCCACACUUUGUCCUAUAUAUGUAAGUCUCAAGAUUUGCUCAGUUUUCGUAAUAUAUAAACAAACUGUGCCAGGAAUGCUUUUCACAGUAUUCAUUCAGGCAGUUAAAUUCUGAGAAUACUAAGAGAAUUAAUACUAAGAGAACACUCUUAGGCUUUAGGCUCUAUGGAAUGACUAUCAAGAGUGUUUUAUACCUGUUCACAGAAGCUUCUUGACUGACAGGUGACUAAACCUUGUCGAUGAUAUGCAAAAAUAAUCUUCCACUGUAGGAUUCUACAGGAACAGGCACAGUACUAUGCAUGCUUGUUAAUUUUGAUACUUAUAGUGGUCUUAUAUUGCUUUUUCUCCAUACAAACACAAGCUCUCUUGUACUUUUAAAGACCAUAUUUGACAAAAUAGUUAUUUCAGGUUUUAUUGCUUUAUUUUAAAAGUGUUGUCACAGGAAGAAAUACUGUGACUCGGAAUACGUUAUUAAAAAACAUAAAGUCUAUACUUGUCAACUAGUUUACCAAAAAAAUGGUGUCAGCAUAACACUGGCACCCUGUAAGCAACACGCUGCUCACACCCAGGCGCAUCCUUUCGGAAAGGCUUCCGUAUUAAAACAGGGUCCGGAUGGACAUUUCGCAUUUAAACAGGAGCAGCAGCGCUGCGGGAAUGGGUCCGUGCAGCGGGCCCGGGACACUUACAGUCGGUACAGCCUGUCCAGGCGCAGGCCCGGCCUCCAGCGCCGCCCUCACGGCUGCUGCACCUUCGUCCGCUUCACGGGAGGGUCAUCGCCGCUCGCCGCCGCGUCCACGUUGUUUUCGUCUUCGCCUUCAUCCUCCUCGUCAUCAUUGUAGUCGUCGUCGUCGUCAUCCCCGCCACCACCUGCCGGAGUUCGGGCGGGCGCGGGUGAACGGUGUUGGGCGCGGGCGGCGGCCCUGGGCCGGCGGAGCCCCCUCGGCGCGCCCCCCCCGCCACUCACCGCGCCGUGCGCCGCCCGCAGCCGCCCGCUCCUCCUGCACCAGCGGCGCCAGCAGCUCCACCACCCGCUCCUGCAGCUCGCUCAGGGCCUCCCGCAGCCCGCGCAGCUGGGCGGCCUCGCCCUCCGCCGCCACCGGGUACGGCACCCGCACCGUCCGCGUCCUCCCGUCGCGGCCCCGCAGCUCCGCCACCAGAUACCGCCCCAGGCCCGGUUCGGGCUCCGUCUCGGCCGCCAGGUCCGCCAUCACGGCCCGCCUCUCAUGUGCCCGCCCCGCCGGUCACGUGCCGGCCGCGCGGGCCGCCCAGCCCGGCGGUGACACACCGCCCACGGUCACGUGGGGUGCGCGCGAUUCCGCUUCCGCUGUGGCGCCCCCUGGCGCCUCCUUGGCCCCGUGUUUCCCGCCUCGCUUCGCGCUCCUCGGCCUUCGCGUCCCGGCGAUGGAGGCGGCGGCUCCGGAGGCCGCCGAGCCGGGAAGCGGCGGGAGCGGCGCGGAGGAACCCGUGGUGUCUCUGGCGGAGGUGCUGGCGGAGAACGAGGAGCUGGAGAAGGAAGCGCGGGCCGUGCUGGGGGGCAGCGACCACGAGCGCUGCAGUUACUCACAGGGCGCGGUGAAGCGGCAGGCGCUGUAUGCCUGCAGCACGUGCACGCCGCCCGGCGCCGAGCCCGCGGGGAUCUGCCUGGCCUGCAGCUACGAGUGCCACGGCACCCACCGCCUCUUCGAGCUCUACACCAAGAGGAAUUUCCGCUGUGACUGUGGAAAUAGCAAGUUCAAAAAUCUGCAGUGCAAGUUACUCCCGGAAAAGGGCAAGGUGAAUUCAGGAAAUAAAUAUAAUGACAACUUCUAUGGAUUGUACUGUACAUGUAAAAGACCUUACCCUGAUCCUGAAGAUGAGAUUCCAGAUGAGAUGAUCCAAUGCAUAGUUUGUGAAGACUGGUUCCAUGGAAGGCAUCUUGGUGCAGUUCCCCCUGAAAGUGGAGACUUCCAUGAAAUGGUGUGCCAGGCCUGCAUGAAACGUUGCCAUUUCCUAUGGGCUUAUGCAUCACAAUUAGCAGUUCCUCCUUUGACCAAAGCGAGCUCCCUUGAAGAUGAAGGGAUUGUCCUGAAGGUAGAGGAAAGUGAAGAGCAGAAGAAAGAAAUAAAAAAAGAAAGUGGAGUGGAACACCAUGACACAAAGGAGGAAAAGCAAUUGGAACAAUUUAAUGAACCAUCCACUAGCUCUGGGUCUGCCUGUCCUGAGGUGGUUACUAAGAGCGAGGAGCCUGUCUGCAAGCUGAAAGAGCUCCAAAGCAAGCCAUUUGUAAAAAAAGAUACUGCCACCUUUUGGCCAUCAAACUGGAGGAGCAAAUUAUGCACAUGUGAAGACUGUCUGAAAAUGUAUUCAGAGCUUGAAGUCCAGUUCCUGACAGAUGAAUGUGACACUGUCUUGGCUUAUGAAAAUAAGGGUACCAGUGACCAAGAGACAGAGAGGAGAGAUCCCUUAAUGGACACCCUUAACAGUAUGAACAGAGUCCAGCAAGUGGAACUCAUCUGUGAAUACAAUGAUUUAAAGACAGAACUGACUGACUAUCUCAGGAGGUUUGCAGAUGAGGGAACGGUGGUUAAAAGAGAAGACAUUCAGCAAUUCUUUGAAGAAUUUCAGUCUCGGAAAAGGCGACGGACUAACAGGAUGCAGUACUACUGUAGUUAGACUGAGAGGGUUUGGGUCUGAGAGGACAAGUGUCAAAACAAUGUUCACUGGCAAACAGAAAAGGCAUCUUCAGUUUUUGACUUCUCAUCAAAAUCCAGCUGUCCAAGAAACUUUUUAAUUGUCUUAUACGUCCUUCAUUUGUAGCACCUAAAACAUGUUCUUAACAAAUCCUUACAUUGCACUUAGAGGGAUUUCAGUACCGAUGGCCUUGGCAGUCCCGGGAAAGCCGGCCUUGUCUCCAGGGGAGGAGGGCGGGUACCAGAGCAGCGUGUCCUGCCGCACCCCUGGUUACUGCCGGGGCCUGGAGCCAUGCCCGUGCUAAACCCGCCCGGCCUCCGCCCUGCCCUGCCCUGCCCUUGGUAGCAGGGAACGCGCUCCCGGCUCUCCUGCUUGAAUGGCUCUGCCCCCUCCCUUGGGGCUGUAGCAGCAGGGAGCUGCCUGUUCCUGCCCUGUCGCGGCCCCUCAGGGGCUGGGCGGGCCGGGCUGGGCUGAACCAGCACUGCUGCCUGCCCGCUCCCGUUCCCGUGGGGAAGUGCUCCCCGGCCUGCCCACAAAUGGGAAGGCAGAGCUUAGGCUUGAUGCAACACCGUGUUCUGUCUGGUUUUAUACAUUAAAAAAAACUUAUUUCUAGUAUUGGACAGGGAUGAUUUCUGUGGUAAAAAAAAAAUUGAGAUGAUCUUAACGUGCUCAUCAGAACAAAAACAAGAACUAGGAGGAGGUACUAAAUUACAAACUAAGCAUGGGGGGGUUUGUUAUAUGCUUUGAUUUUAAAAACUAGCCUACAGUAAAUUCUUCUACUUUAUAAAUGUUGCUGAAAACACUGCAGCAUCCUGGUAUUUUGCUACAGUAUGGAAUGUUCUUUUUAUAACCACUGUGAUAAUCAUGGGACGGGAGAUGUUUCACUGACUUUUAAGACUACACAUAGUUGCAAUUAAAAAUUAAAAUUUUGUAAGUUUGGAUCCUAAUGUAGUUAGACCCCAAAACAUACAUUAAAUUUCUAGUUUUUGAGGAUUUCUAUAUCAUGGGUUACUAUUCUGCCUUUCCAUGUUAAUGGUUUUUGAAAAGCAGAGGUAGACUUUUAUCGUUCUCACUAUUAACUGUUUCUGACCAUUUUAUUUACAAUCUGUAGUUUAGCAUAGAUGCUCAGCUGAGCAGCUUCAUAGAACAUAGACUAUGCUGAGUUGGAAGGGACCCAGCAGGAUCAUCACAUCCAACUCCCUGCCUUGCAUAGAACACCCCAGGAGUCACACCAUGUGCCUGAGCGCGCUGUCCAAACACUUCUGGAACUCUGUCAGGCUGGUGCUGUGCCCACUGCCCUGGGGAGCCUGUUCAGUGCCCAGCCACCCUCUGGGAAAAAAAACCUUUCUCUGAUAUCCAACCUAAACUGCCCUGACACAAGUUCAGGCAAUUCCCUCACUGUCACUGGGCACCACAGAGAGGAGAUCAGUGUCUGCCCCUCCUCUUCCCCUCUCAGGAAGCUCUAAAUGCAGUGGGGUCUCCCCUCAGUCUCCCCCAGGCUGAACAGACCAAGUGACCUCAGUUGCUCCUCAUAGUGCUUCCCUUCAAGGCCCCCCUGGACCUCCUUUGGACACUCUCUAACAGCUUUGUAUCUAUUUUAUAUUGUGGCACCCAGAACUGCCCCCAGGGCUCGAGGUGAGGCUGCCCCAGUGUGGAGCAGAGCAGGACAAUCCCCUCCCUUGCCUGGCUGGUGAUGCUGGGCCUGAAGCACCCCAGGGCAUGGGUGGCCCUCCUGGCUGCCAGGGCACUGCUGACUCAUGCUCAAUGUGUCAUUGACCCCCAGGGCCCUUCCCUAUUUGCUUUUAAAUUUAACUCUGGGUAUUGUACAUGCUCUUUUUUUGGUAGCAACUGUUACAGGAGCUGUAACUGCACAUCUAACUACAAUACAAAAAUAUUAAAAUAACUGUU